AGUGUAAAUCGUUUUGGUUUUUAUGAUCAGAAAACCACUGUACAAGAUGGCUCCCUUUUCGCACGGCCUGCGCAUGGCGCGUACAUUUCUAAUGCGGCUUUGCUGCUUAUGCAAAUUCGCCAUCGCCGAUUUUGACUUCGAAAGCCUGUUUGGCAACGUGGGACUUGAAUCGUGGGAUAAAUAUGCAGCCAGCGACGCGAAUGGCGACGACGCGAAUGAUCUCGCGGAAAAGUUGGAAGAAUUCUCCAAUGGUAGCUACGAGUACGAGACCGUGAGAUUAAGCUGGGACGGCAUUUUGUUAGUCGACUGGAAAACACUCGCACACACAAGAAACGCACGCCGGCCCCACUUGCCUCGCUCGUUCUAGUGGUUCAAUUUUCCCAAUUCGAGCAAGCAAGCGACGCAGGGUCGCGUGCUCCGUUCGCAUUCUGUUUUGAGAUGCACGAAGAAGAAUCAGCGCACUCUGCCCAUGAGUUCCACGAACGGCGCGCGGCGUGGCGUGGGCUCGUGAAAUUUCUGGGACGAAUCUCAGCCACAGUGAUGGCGGCAAUAUUAGUUCUCAGCCCCAGGAGGCUCAGUCGUGUGGGCCAUAUCCAAAAAGGGUCGCUCGAAACCUAAUUUAGCUUCUGCCGCUCGGGCUUGCAGAAGGAAAUAGGAUAAGCGACAGCAGCGCCCUGCGGUUUUGCACCUAGUAAAAUGCCGGGAAACUGGCGGGGCCUUUUCUGUAAGAUCUAAGACACGGCGGACCGUUUUGUCGGUCUUGCACUUUAAAACAGGCCACGUUGGCUUUCAGCCCCAUCGCCUCCGCUAUCCCGGUAACCCUAGCGAGGCCGCACUGACUUGGGAGAACACCACCGGGGGAAUAGAAUAAGAAAAUAGCUAUCGGCCAACAUUCCGGUCCGCUGGGUUUUUCGUCGGGUUGUGGUAUUUCAGGGGGGGAAAAUCAGGCGCCGACUGGGGCUGUCGUGUUGCGUGUGUGCGAAGUCGCUUUCCAUAGCCGCCAGAUGCCGGGCGACGUACCGAAUAGGGAACAGUUAGGCGACUACGACUUUGACGGCGACGGGGCUUUUGGGCUCUCAGAGAUGAAGAUCAUGCACGACCUGAAGCUCGGCGACGCCAACGGAGUUGGUGAAGGCGUGGCGAAGCUCCUGUGCCCCAGCGAUUGUGACGUGUCGAAGUACGACCUGGACGAGAACAACCACUAUUCGCACACUGAGCUGAAGUUUCUUGCGAGGUCAAUAAAAGACCAGGGCGGUGAGCUCCCAGACUGGAAGGGGUUUGUUGGACUUUGAACACACCUGCCACACUGAGUGCCUGAAGCUUCUAGCUGGCGAGAUGCCUCGCAAUCCCCCAGCGCUUUAACCCCUCAGCAGACAGGGCGAAAGCCUCGGGCUGCGUUGCAUCCAUCCCGUGGCGCCUCAGCGUUCAAGGCGCACCACCGCCAUCAUGCCAUCAAGCUGGGCUCUGGAGGUACCUCAGACCCGCCAUUCAGGUCUCGAGCCAUUUCCGACCUCCCUCCACGUCGUCGCUGAUGGAUUUGAUUCGGGACCGAGGUCCUGGGUAGAGGUUUUACUCAGGGCGGCGGCUCUGGAUAAAGUACCUGCUCAGGAUCUGUAUACCCUGAAAGCAAGGACCCAGAGUGGGGCAGCCCACUCCGCGACGGCUACAGAUGGGAAGGUAGACCCAGAUGACCGCCUGCCCAUUCUGGGAAAGGUUUUUAUUCAGGGCGGCGGUCCUGGAUAAAGUUUGCACCCAGGGCGGCAGUCCUGCGGCUCAGGUCGCGAACAGGAUCUGAACCCGUCUUCAAUUCAUCUGUCAUUAUUUGCAUUUGUGGAACAGAGGACGGCUCGGGACCUCAUAGAAGCUUCAGGCCUGCGUGGGGGGAGGGUUUCGAUCGCAUGACCGAAAAACUUUGACAAAGACGCGGCCAAGGUUGUGUAUCCCGACCAGCUAACCAAAAUCGACAGCGGCAAAGACUUUAUAGACAUCUUCGACACCGAUACCGACGGCUGGUAUUCCUUCCACGAGUUGAAGGCGAUGCAACAAUUUCCUAAGCACGGUCCGCAGCACCUGAAAGAGUACUACGACAUGGACGGCGACGGGGAACUUAGUCACUACGAAGUCAGGCUCGCAAUGAGCAGGGCCGCGCAUGUAACGGUCGGCGCCAUCUACAACGAGCAGGGCGGCGACGUUCAUGCGGAACAACGUUCCGACUUGGAGCUGUUUACGAAGAUUUCAUCCUCGGGUGAAGACCACAAACUCGAACCAGAAGAGGCACGACUGGCGCUUUGGCACGAAGGUGAGAAAUAUGAUCGGGCCGAGUACAACCAUGAGCAGAACGAGCAGCUCGCUGAGCACGUAAAAGCGGGAGGACACAACUUAGCCUACCACGACAUCAUGAGUGACACGAAUCACGGCCACCACAACCUCGCCCAUGCAAAGUGGCAAAAAGUACACGACGUACUGCAAAUAAACGGCUACCUGUCGGAGAAGGCGUUCGAGCUGCGGGACCUGGAUGGCGACAAGAAGAUUAGCAGCAACGAGCUCAAUAUGAUCGUGAGAAAAAACUGUCUCAGUCUCAACUUGUAAUGCGCAACUUGUUCCUUCAGACAGUUUUUUGUCGUGCUCGACAUGCAAUCAAAGGAAACUCCGUACGUGUUUUCUCUUGCAUGUAAACAGUCACAGAUUUUGCGUGUGAUGCUAAGGAAAUUUGUGUAUCUGAAACUGCAAAGGUCUGAGACAGAGAACGUGUUUUCGUACGAUACCCAAAGUCGCCGGCUUGCUGGGAAACGAUCUACAAACGAAAGGCAAGAUAGCCGUCGACAAAGCAAAGGUUUUGCUCCAGAGCAUGAGCGCGACGAGCGACAACCCUUUGAAGCAGUGUACGGACGAAACAGGGUUCUGCGACUUCAACGGCGACGGAUCUUUGACGGCUGAAGAAAUCAAGCUUGCGAAACUCUGGGACGACAGUCCGCCCACUGCAAAAGUGAGUACGAUUCUGGGAGAUAUCUUCCCCGACGCCACGGAUUCGGAGAUCAAAGGAGCUGACUUUGACGGUGACGGUGUAUGGAAUGUAAACAGGUCUGGGUCUGGAAAGGAGCUGUGAUGCUGAAUGGUCAGGAUUGAGUCCGCCUUUAAAUGCAGUGAAGCAUGACAAAUUAUUUAUAGAACGCUUUCUCAUGCGUGGUGCGCAUUACAAACUGCGACAGUGUUGCAUCCGUGAGGUACUUCUGUUGCUUAUGCAAUACCAAUUUUUCUGGAAUGCGGGACACGCAAUACCAGAUUUUGCACAUUUCCAGACCCAGACGUAUUUGCAGCGCAUACGGUAUCCUGUUGAACAACGUACCCCCUCUACACUUGCCACACAGAUUUGCUUGUCCCGCACAAUUCUCAUGCCGCUACCCACGGAAGCCGUUUUCCCCAUGGGAGCCGUUUUCUGGUGGUGUUUGGAAAUUUGUCUUGCGUUGUGAUCAGGAUCAGAACGUCGGAUUGUGAUGCGGAUGAACUAACUAGACACGACAGUCUUGCAUGGCCAAGCUCGUCAUACGUGAGCGCCAAAACCUGUCGAUGUUUGUGAUGUCCAGCCGAUUUACAAUCUUAACAAGGGGGGCCCGGACGUGUGUUUUCACAGGAUGAACGGGCACCUGUCACAGAAAGAAAUCGCGCUCCUGACUUUUGUAUCAAAAAGACAAGCGCCCCACCACAGGAUGUGGAACACAUAUAUACACCCGACCUAUAGACCAUAACAUAGUAGCCUGCGUCACAAAUCGUUUUUUUCCACCCGUUAUUCUGUCUUUUUCCUUUUCUCAAUGUAAUUCAUUUUUUGUACGUUCUCUGUGCUGUAUAGUUGUCUUGUCUCCAGAACACAUACUCCGGGGUGUGGGAACGCCCAGGGACACUUCGCCGGGGAACAUUUCCCACAUUGUAUGCAUCAGCAUGACAAAUUUUUAGCCCAGAGCAGCGACACUCUACGUUGCACGAUAUCUGUCAUGUCCUGGCGCGUUAGAGUCUGAACGAAAAUGCGUCGCGUUCCCUCGAUGCUACACAAAAUCAAUACAAACUGGCCGGUCGUCUGGUGGUGGGGCACUCUUUUCAUUUUCAUACUUUGAGCAGCAAGACCCUGACGAUUUUGACCCGGACUCAGCAGCCAAUAAGAAGUAUCUUGACUAAAAAUGUCCCAACCGCAGAGUUGCCAUGCGGAUUCUCAGUUGCAGGAAGAUUUGUAAUGCGCAUCCCCACGUUGGGAAUUCUUUGGCGUGAUUUUUGAUGUUGUAAUAACACGAUAGGCCGACGGCUCUGCGAUCCACGGCUGUGCUUGCUAGCUUGCACUACACUACAGAGGAAAAAUUGUCAUGCGUAACUCCCAAAACUUGAUGGGUUGCGUAAACCACGUACCCAUCUUGACUCUCGGGUGAGGACGUUUUUAGACGGGAUAAAGAGUUGCUCCCAGCUAUCCUCGGUAGCGAUCAUCGCUUGGACUCUUACAAAAUGCUGGAUGGCGAUGACAAGAAGCUCAGUCUGGAGGAGCUGCGGCUCGCUGUAAAACAUCCGGAGACGAAGGAUCUGCUGACGGCGCAGGAUCUUCACACGGUUGCCGACGCGAUGUUUCCAUCCGUUAUCAAACUGAAAAGUGCCGGCCCCCAGAAAAUACCGCGCGACGAUUUUGUCUUGUGACGUUUCUCCAUGAGGCUUUUUCGUCUUGCACAGAGAUAAUGCGAGUCGGCAUACCAUGACAGACGAUAGUGCCUGUACUCUGCCUCUGUGCAAGGCAGAAGAACUUCGCUAUUCUGGGUUGAAAACUAGAGUUGCUGCUACACAGAUGGGUGUAAAUAUGUUUCUACAGAGUGAAGAACAGUGUUUGUAUUGCAAAAGAACCAGAAGUUGCGCAAUACAAACACUUUCCCGGUCUGUGGCGGGUGGAGCAAUUUUCAGUUUGAUAAUAAGGUCCGAUAACGCACACAUGCUCGACUUUAAUGGAGACGGAAAACUCGAGAACAGUGAAUUGCUAUCCAAAAAGAACAUAAAAAGUGCAUUGUUGGUGUACCUCUGUCUUGCAGAAUCUAUGCAUCUUACGGCCAGGCUACUUGCAGAUAAGUAAAUGGCUGCACGUACCAGAGAUGCAUGGUAAUUUUUUUGUAUACAUGCAGCUCUAAUUUGUCGUGGUGCCGUCCCAAAAAGGUGUGCCCAAAUGUGGAGGUUCUUUUCUUGGAUAAUUACUGGCGGCUGGGCAAUUGGGGGCGCUGGUGAACACCAACGGUAAAGCGGUUAUCCAAGGAAAAAAGGGUUACAGUAUACACAUUUGUCGGAGUUUCUGCAUGACAAAGAAAACCUGUGAUGCGCAGACUAUAAGGGAAAACACGAUUGAAAUGAGGCUGGCAAGCGUUUUCUGCAUGACAAAUGUUACCUGUCUUGCUUGUUUCGCAACACAGUGCGUAACUGUAACACUUUUUUCUUCGCAUACCGGUAGACCUCGAGUUAUUGCAGGACCAGCUGGACGCGCUUCCGUCGGGUUUGCGGUAUUGCAAGGAAAACGCCCACCUCCCCAUUUUGAAAACGUAUCUUCUGAAAAUUUGUGAUGCGGAUUUCGACCACAAACCCUGUCUGUCUUGCGAGAAGGCAAAUCCAGGCUCUCUGCUACGCUAUGCAGGCGAUUUGUAAUGCUGUAAGGACUACAGGACAGCCGUCUACCAUGCUAGGCGCCUACACCAAAGGGCCCCUAUCUCGGCUGGCGAUCUGCGUGCAGUCCUCUACUGCAAGACAAAUCUGAUUCGUGUACGCAAAUCCAGCAUCACAGAUUUCCUUUUCGAUAUAGGGAGGGGGGAUUUUUCCUUUUGAUUUGCGGCAAACUGCGCUGACGGGAAUAUCCUGCGACGGCGACCAAAACUUCGACCUGUGGGAGCUCGAGCUUUACGUAAAGGCGGGCGGAUUGACGACGGAAAAGGUGCACGAUUCGGCAAUCCGUGGCAUCUUGGAUCAGGCCAGCGCUACAACCAUCUCCAAAGAAGAGUUCGACAAAAUCAACUUUGUAACCACGGGCCCGAAAGAAAUCACCGCAGAGCUUCCGAUGGAGUGGCCCGACUUUAUCGUGAAGAAAAAUCUCCCCCGCUUUAUUGCUCUGAAAGGAAAUUAUCUCUCAUGCUGGAAUUCUGUACGCAGGUCAGUAUUGCAUUGCUAGAAGGCAAGAAGGAGAUUCACCCUUGGCCGUUUUGGCAGGCAAUUUGUAAUGCUAUUCCGGGCAAUGUAGUGCCCGCCUGCCAAGCGGAAUACGCAACGCGUUUCCGUGCCAGACAGCAAUACAGUUCGAACCUCCCCUCAUCUCCCAGCACCACGGCAACUUGGUUUAUUGCGAUCACAAAUCGUGCUUUCUACGAAUUUCGUUUCAGUGUGGGCUGGGGACGACAGGUUUUUUCGCUUCGACACACUUCCUAUCAACUGUAAAAAUGUCUGGGUCUGGAAGAUUCUGACACUUGUCAUGCACGUUUUGCACUAGCCAUGAUGUCUGUAAUGCAUACCCUAGCAAUACAGAUUUUUUGAGGGCUUCUUGAUGCGUAUUCCGCAUGACAAAUGCCUUCUCAGCGUAGCAAAAAUUGCAUUCCCUUUUCUACUCAUGCAAUACAGAUUUUUUUGGAGGCCAAACGCAGCAUCACAAGUUCUAUUCUUUCCAGACCCAGACAUUUUUGCAUUUGAUACUUCCUGCGGAAACUCGACUCGGGGACGGGAAACGAUGAUAUCAAAUGCAAAUAUGUCUGGGUCUGGAAGAUUACAGACUUGGCAUGCGCAUUUUGCAUGAUCCAUGAUGUCUGUGACGCAUGCCGUAGGAUCGCAGAUUCUGUGAGGGCUUAUUGAUACCUAUACCGCAUGAGAAAUGCCCUUCCGCAUGGCAAAAACGGAACUCCUCUUGCUCCCCACACUAAGCAGAUUUUUGUAGAAUCCAAAGGCAGCAGCAUCACAAGUUGCAACCUUCCAGACCCAGACAUAUUUGCACUCGAUAGAUGACGGCAAGGUGCAACUGUCGGAGCUCCAAGACUACCUGGUGGACUUGAACGGCGUUCCCCAGCCUGGCAUGUCGCUGGGCUCCGUAGCAAACGCGAUCCCGUAUACGCCGGCUUCGCCUCUGGCUUUAGUUGGCCUGGCGGCGGGCGGCGGGGCUGCUUUCAGCAGAGUAUUUUCAAGUAAACCGAGCCGGAAGCCGAUCCCACUCUCGCCGAAAGCGCGGAGGGAGCGCGCGGCGCAACAAGCGGAGGCCGAGGCCACAGAAAGCGACGAUGUUGGCAAUGAUGCUGGUACAACUCCAGCAGGAGACGCCCUCCAGUACCGAUACGGCCAUCUGCCGCCACCAACAGUAGUCGGACCAGCGCCCGCACCCUGGGUACCGCCGAGACCCGUGCCCUACGUCAAGCCCCCCGUGCCGGUGAAACAGACCCCCGCUCCGUCCCCCGAGAACCAUCGAAAAGGCGGUCGCAGCCGGUCGAUAUUCAAUAUCCUGGGUAAAAACGUUCCCACCUUAGGGUCAAGAGGGGGAUUUGGCUACACAAACCAACGAGCCUUGUGUGUUGCGCAUGACAAGUUCCGGCCCGUGGUGCACCACCCGUGUUUAGCUAGUGCAGCUGCAUGAGAAAUGCAUCAGCUCAAGCUCCUUCUACUGUGACAAAGGCUAACCCCAAAAAACCCCUACAACAUGCCUGUCAUGCCGCUCCACAUGAGACACGUUACCGUUGCAGUUGUACAGAUUUGCAUUCUACCUUCCCUGCGUGACAGCCAUCUGCGGCCGUUUGCAAAGGGGGAGGCAAAGUGUGCCGCACUUCUGUUUAGCAUGACAACUCUAGGGUGGGGACGUUUUUACUCACGAUAUAUAAGGAAGGGACGGACAUCCACACUGGAAAUAGGUUGAUAGCCUGCUCAGAUGUUACAGUAACAGUCUUCAAUGCUACAAUAAAGUCUUAGUUUUGUCCUGCAUGAUCACCAGCAUGAGUACUAACAUGCAGAGACUUGCGCUUUUCGCAAUACAAAUUUCGUCGAAUGCUGCUUCGGUUCGGCGUUCCAGACGUUGUCAUGCGCCUUUCUGUGAUGGCGGACCAGAGCACGCAGUUUUUGCAUCACAAAUUGCAGGGAAUUGUAUGGAUGUACUUUUCUCGUGGGUAGCGAACAACUCAGCACAGACGGCACAGAAGCAGAAGAGACGAUCAGCCACGAGAGAGACGCUCGCGGGCAGCGAGCAACUCAGCACCGGAGAAGAAGAGACGGCGCAGACGUAGCGGGAAUACCAAGUUUAGCUUCCUCGAGGACGGAGCCGUGGAACCAGCCCGGGUAUUCCAGGAACCCACCCUCGCGUCCCGUGCGCCGUUCGGCGAAGAGGCACGGCAUGGGGACCACGGCACGGAACACGCCGUUUCCACCGCUGGCAACGAACCUAGGGAGGGCGCCGACGCGAACGGGCUCAACGUCUAUCCAGUGCAAAUUUUAGUGGAUCUGGAAAAAUGGUACGUGGAUUGCUUGUCUUGUAUUCCCGUAUUAAAUCUGUGUUGCAUGAUGACUAAGAAAAGCGCCGCGGCCGUUUGUGUCAUAUGAAAAUACAGUUUGUAAUGCGCACUAUGCAUGAAAAAACACUUGAAAUAUUCGUCAUGCCUGGCUUCACUAGGAAGGCUAUUCAAUUAUGCCCACGCAGAAUCACCAGUUUCCAGACCCAGACAUAUUUGCAAGGCAUACCGCCGCAGACGAGCAGACGGAGGACGGCAGUACGGUGGAAGGAAGUACGGCGGAUGGGAGUACGGUGGAACCGGACGGGCCCAACGAUGGCGCAGACGAGCAGCCGGUGGAGGGAGGUACGGUGGAGCCGGACGGGCGUAAUGACGGCGCAGACGAGCAGCCGGUGGAGGGAGGUACGGUGGAACCGGACGGGCGUAAUGACGGCGCAGACGAGCAGCCGGUGGAGGGCGGUACGGUGGAACCGGACGGACGCAUCGACAGCGCUGGCGAGCAGACGGUGGAAGGAAGUACGGUGGAACCGGACGACGGCCCAAGCGAGCAGACGGUGGAAGGAAGUACGUUGGAGCCGGACGGGCCCCGCGACGGUGCAAACGAGCGAGCGGUGGAAGGAACUUCGGUGGAGCCGGAACGCAGCAAUCUGCGUGGCGGGCUAGCGCAGGGAGCGAGGAAACGAAACGACCACGUGCGGCAAACGGAGCCAUCAGUGGGUGGACUGCAGCUGGUGAGCAUCCCGUGGAGCAACGCGUACUACGAGUGGUUAGUGGUUGGUGUGCUCUUGCUACCGUUCCUCUACUGGCUCCGGGCUGUGUGGUGGCGGCGCCGGCAGUAGCGGUGUAAGAGUCUCUACGGGGGAAAGUAGUGAUUCUGGAUUUAUUGAUCCGGAGUUCUGUUGAAUAUUCUUUGACAUCUAUUUUUUUUGCUACAGUACACAUUAUAACAAGGAUUGAGCGACUCCAUCAAUCAGGAGUAAAGGGAAAAAAAGUUCAGAUAAUCUUACUGUUACUCAUCUCAGCGUGCACAAGUAUUUACAAAAAAAAGUUGCAGAUUUUAUAGGCCCGGCAAACGAUAAAAGCGAAAGUGGGCAUGUAUUUUUUAAUCGCUGUGCCGGCCAAAGUGCCACACGGUAAGUAUUUCAAUGCGAUCUAACUAAUGAUUUCCUUGCCGUUUUUCAGAACAAAUAAGUUUGACGAAGAAUUUUGUUGCAAUAAUUUGAUUUUUCCCUACCAAAGACGACCAAACAUUGAACUUUCGACGCCGUAGAAAAUAUAAUUCCGUCGUACGGAUUCGGAUACAUACGGAAACGAAGUGUCUAUCCUAUUCAAGAGAUGAGUCCGCGCCACCUCCUAACCUACUGAAGAGGAACAACAUGGUAACAACAUAAAUGUUGUUUGUCAUGCUGUGAUGAGCUGCUGAUAAAUUUGAGACAGUUGUUGCUUUCGCUAGCAUGGCAGACUUCCAGUGUACAAAAUCCUACCGGGGUUUUCGAUAGAGGAACGUGCUGCAAGUCAGCAACCACGAUGCGCCGGCGUUCUGAUGCGAGCCCCGAUAGCUUCUGCCGGAGCUCCUUCGGGAUUUUUGUCGCGGGCUGGGGGGCUGCAACAAAGCUACCCUUUGUCUCAUGUAGUAGUCAUCUAGUCGAGCAAAAUUGUAACGCCUUUUUAUCUAAAAUGGCAAAGCAACCGCUGGUCAGGAGACCUUUAAAAACCAAUUUUUACAACUAGAAACCAGCAAAAAGGAUAGCGAAAAGAAAGAAGCAUAGGCGGAAAUUCGUCUACAGCACGGCUCGACGACGCUCUGCAUUUAGUUAUAAUCCGACCUGGCGAAAUACACUUUUCACAAAACUUCAUUCUUUAAUUUUUUCCUUGUGUUGGAAGCAUUUUCUCAGCAUAAAGUAGAACGCGUAGCCGGCGCUUCGCAACAGCGAUUGACCCGUUGGUGAAAUAUAGUGCUCUCCGACGGGUUUGCGCUUUAAUUACCUGAGCGAUUUUGCUCGUGUAGAUUUACAGGUAUAAAAUAUAGGACGAUUGACUGAUCGGGAAAAAAUAAGCAUUAAGACGCGAAAGUCGCGCAUAACCAAAAGCUGCACCCUGCCUCCACCUUUUUGUGCUCUGACCCAGUUUACAUCUGCCUAAUUUUUAACAUGAUGCUCUGCCCACCCGUGUAGCUGACCACCUUUUUUUUUUGAAGCUGCUUAUUUCUAGCUGAAACCAAGCGGCUCACUUACUUCUGAUAAACGAAUAAACGAUUCUUUAUGAUCCUGGUUUUUUUCUUUCUUUAGCACAACAGACUUGGGCUGAAGAUGUCCACCUGCUAGAAAUUGCUAGUGAAGCUGCAACCUUUUAGUUUUACUAUUGGUAAAUGCGUCGCCUGGUAUCUUUAACGAGUGAAGAACAGGAACGAUAGAGCUUUUCGGCUCACAGGACAACUGGCGCUCCGGCCAAACAUCGCGAUGCAACGAGCUCCAUAGCAGGGCAAUAGGCCCGAUCUUGGGGCGAGCGAGAAGUAGUUUUCUGAAAUUUUCCAUACGAUUUAAAGCGAAACGAGACCUGUCCACGCCAAUUCCAAGCAAGCAUCUGAAGCUGCUCGUAGCUUAUUCAAACACCCAAGAAAACGUGUAAGUGUAUCGGACAGAGCUAUAAAAAUCGACGACUUUUUUUUUUAAGCAUGGGUUGCACGUUCAAAUUUCGCAAUGUACCCUAGCCGAUUGUAAAUUUCGCCGCGCCGGCCACUUUUAGACGCACCCUUGUACAACAAUGUAGACGAGUGAAUGAACUGCAUCGACCCGUUUGUGUCACUCCACAAGCUGUUGCACAGGACACCUUUAUCUCGUACUACAAACAUGCUGG